GUUGGCUAAUACGUCGGGCUGAGACACCUGUUAGACAGAGAAAGACUCUUCGUCUGUUCACACCAACCACACUCACUAGGACACAGAUUCUCAACAAAUCUUCCUGUGCUGGAUAUAAAGUGACAGCAGUGGCCUGCAAAGAAAAGAGAAGAAAGAAGAGAGCGAGAACCCCGUGAAACAAGCAUGUCAAAAGAGGGAGACAGAGCGGCCGUGCUGCAUACCACCAAAGUCCGGACGAGGCUGAGGGGAGACGCCAGCUGGUUGCAACGCAGCAAUGACUCUAAGGAUGAAACGCAGGAGGAGAAACCAUGGAUAGCGGAAGUUAAAGCCAGCCGUCUGAGCGGAGCCCCUGCUGAGACCAGUCCAGUGUCUUCGCCAACAAAUUCUACUCCGCCACCAACCAAGUCUGACACAGAGAGGCAACCAACAUCCGGAUACCUUAUCAGGGGUGUUUUCACUAAAGUGGACAAGCCUCCUCCAUCCUCACCAUCUAACGGCUUUAGCAAAGCACCGCAAUUCAACAAAAAGCCUUCAGAGACCUACAAGAAAAUAGCCCCCCACACUGUGCGGUCUGCUGCAGAGAAACAGGACGGCCAGCUUAGCCUUGAGGAGCAGGAGAAGCGGACGGAGAAAGCCAGUAAUGUUCUGAGGAAAUCUGCAGCCAGGCAACGGUCUUACGUGCUUUCAGCUGCAAAGAAAUACGAGUCUCAAGAAAUGCCCGACACAUUGCUCAUCAAUAGCAGUCCAGCAUUUGUGGCUACAAGGGUGGAGAUUACUGAUGAUGAUGAGCCUUCUGAGACUCCUGCACCUGCCAGCACUGUGCUGCCAUCCCCUGUUGUUCCUGUCACAUCUGUUGCAUCCAAGCCUGCGCCUGAACCUCAGAAAAUUGCUGACACCACCACUGAGACAGCUGCUGCUGUGAGUGUUAAUGAGCCGGUUGCUCCAAAGCUGGAGAAGAAGACCACCCCAGAGCCUGCAAAAGAAGAGGCCCCUCAAGUUUCUGUUACAAAAGAACAGCCAACUUUUGACACCAAGGUGGCUGCUCCCCUCCCUGAACUAAUCAAAGAUAGUCUUCAAGUAGCCUCUAAAGAGCCACAACACAAAGAGUCUGGGCAGACUAAAACGCCUCUGGUUGAUCUUUCGCCACCAUCAAAACCCCCAAUAUCAUCUAAUCAAAAGUCCCCUGAGUCGACCACUGCAGUGUCUCCUGUCCCAACCUCUGUCACCAAGUCACCUGCACCUGUGUCCCCUGAUGUGACUUCAACUCCUGCAAAAUCAGAUGUCAAAGUGUCUCCUGUCCCAACCUCCACUGUCCCAACCUCCACUGUCCCGACCUCCACUGCCACCAAGUCACCUGCACCUGUGUCCCCUGAUGUGACUUCAACUCCUGCAAAAUCAGAUGUCAAAGUGUCUCCUGUCCCAACCUCCACUGUCCCGACCUCCACUGUCCCAACCUCCACUGUCCCGACCUCCACUGCCACCAAGUCACCUGCACCUGUGUCCCCUGAUGUGACUUCAACUCCUGCAAAAUCAGAUGUCAAAGUGUCUCCUGUCCCAAACUCCACUGUCCCAACCUCCACUGUCCCGACCUCCACUGUCACCAAGUCACCUGCACCUGUGUCCCCUGAUGUGACUUCAACUCCUGCAAAAUCAGAUGUCAAAGUGUCUCCUGUCCCAACCUCCACUGUCCCGACCUCCACUGUCCCGACCUCCACUGCCACCAAGUCACCUGCACCUGUGUCCCCUGAUGUGACUUCAACUCCUGCAAAAUCAGAUGUCAAAGUGUCUCCUGUCCCAACCUCCACUGUCCCGACCUCCACUGUCCCAACCUCCACUGUCCCGACCUCCACUGCCACCAAGUCACCUGCACCUGUGUCCCCUGAUGUGACUUCAACUCCUGCAAAAUCAGAUGUCAAAGUGUCUCCUGUCCCAAACUCCACUGUCCCAACCUCCACUGUCCCGACCUCCACUGUCACCAAGUCACCUGCACCUGUGUCCCCUGAUGUGACUUCAACUCCUGCAAAAUCAGAUGUCAAAGUGUCUCCUGUCCCAACCUCCACUGUCCCAACCUCCACUGUCCCGACCUCCACUGUCCCGACCUCCACUGCCACCAAGUCACCUGCACCUGUGUCCCCUGAUGUGACUUCAACUCCUGCAAAAUCAGAUGUCAAAGUGUCUCCUGUCCCAACCUCCACUGUCCCGACCUCCACUGUCCCAACCUCCACUGUCCCGACCUCCACUGCCACCAAGUCACCUGCACCUGUGUCCCCUGAUGUGACUUCAACUCCUGCAAAAUCAGAUGUCAAAGUGUCUCCUGUCCCAACCUCCACUGUCCCGACCUCCACUGUCCCGACCUCCACUGUCACCUGCACCCUCCUGAUGUGA